CCGGACGUGACGCCUGGAAGUUGACUGUCAACAUGAAAGAUGGCGACCCAUCACAGGCAGAACGCUGCUGGACGGAGAAAAGUCCAGGUCUCCUAUGUGAUAAGAGAUGAGGUGGAGAAGUACAAUCGCAAUGGGGUGAACGCUCUUCAGCUGGAUCCAGCCUUGAACAGGCUCUUCACUGCUGGCAGGGAUUCCAUCAUCCGGAUAUGGAGCGUCAAUCAGCACAAACAGGAUCCCUAUAUAGCUUCAAUGGAGCACCACACCGACUGGGUGAAUGAUAUAGUGCUCUGUUGUAAUGGGAAAACUUUGAUAUCGGCCUCAUCAGACACUACAGUUAAAGUCUGGAACGCACACAAGGGGUUCUGCAUGUCAACAUUAAGAACACAUAAGGAUUAUGUCAAAGCUCUGGCAUAUGCAAAAGAUAAGGAGCUGGUGGCAUCGGCAGGUCUGGACCGACAGAUAUUCCUGUGGGAUGUAAAUACUUUAACAGCACUGACCGCCUCCAACAACACAGUCACCACUUCCUCACUGAGUGGGAAUAAAGACUCUAUUUACAGUCUGGCUAUGAAUCAGCUGGGAACAGUCAUCGUCUCAGGCUCCACAGAGAAGGUCUUGAGGGUUUGGGAUCCACGGACGUGUGCUAAACUAAUGAAGCUGAAAGGCCACACAGACAAUGUGAAGUCAUUAUUAUUAAACAGGGAUGGCACUCAGUGUCUGUCUGGUAGUUCAGAUGGUACGAUACGGCUGUGGUCUCUGGGUCAGCAGCGCUGUAUCGCCACCUACCGGGUCCAUGACGAGGGUGUGUGGGCUUUGCAGGCCAACGAGGCUUUCACUCACAUCUACUCCGGAGGUCGGGAUCGCAAAAUCUACUGCACAGACCUGCGCAACCCUGACAUUCGAGUGUUGAUAUGCGAGGAGAAAGCCCCCGUUCUCAGAAUGGAGCUGGACAGGUCAGCAGACCCUCCUCCCGCCAUUUGGGUGUCCACAACUAAAUCCUGUGUUAACAAAUGGUCUCUAAAGGGAAUGCAUAACUUCAGAGCGUCCGGUGACUACGAUAACGACUGCAGCGCCCCCCUGACGCCGCUGUGUACGCAGCCUGAGCAGGCCAUUAAAGGUGGCGCCAGCAUAAUUCAGUGUCACAUUCUGAACGACAAAAGACACAUCCUUACCAAAGACACCAACAACAGCGUGGCAUUCUGGGACGUGCUCAAGGCGUGUAAAGGUGAAGACCUUGGGAAAGUGGAAUUUGAUGAGGAGAUAAAGAAGCGCUUCAAGAUGGUCUACGUACCUAACUGGUUUUCCGUGGACCUUAAAACAGGGAUGCUGACCAUUACCUUAGAUGAGAGUGACUGCUUUGCUGCCUGGGUUUCUGCCAAAGAUGCUGGUUUCACGAGCCCAGAUGGCUCAGACCCAAAAUUAAAUCUGGGUGGUCUGCUGCUGCAAGCUUUGCUUGAAUUCUGGCCUCGAACGCACAUCAAUCCCAUGGAAGAAGAGGAGGGCGAGGUCAACCACGUAAAUGGGGAGCAGGAAAGCAGGCUUCAGAAAGGAAACGGCUAUUUCCAGGUGCCCCCUCACACUCCGGUCAUCUUCGGGGAGGCAGGCGGAAGGACACUAUUCAGGUUAUUAUGUCGGGACUCCGGAGGAGAAACGGAGUCAAUGUUGCUGAAUGAAACUGUGCCGCAGUGGGUUAUAGACAUCACUGUAGAUAAAAACAUGCCCAAAUUCAACAAGAUUCCCUUUUAUCUGCAGCCUCACUCAUCCUCCGGUGCGAAAACGCUCAAGAAGGACCGCCUGUCUGCCAGCGACAUGCUGCAGGUGAGGAAGGUCAUGGAGCAUGUCUAUGAGAAGAUCAUCAACCUGGACACAGAGUCACAGACCACCAACUCCUCGACCACUGAGAAGCCGGGAGAACAAGAGAAGGAGGAGGACGUGGCCAUGCUGGCCGAGGAGAAGAUCGAGCUCAUGUGCCAGGAUCAGGUUUUGGAUCCGAACAUGGAUCUGAGGACAGUGAAGCAUUUCAUCUGGAAAAGCGGUGGAGAUCUGACACUUCACUACAGACAGAAGUCCACGUGAGAGUGAUCUGAGAAUCACGUGAGCCUGCCAUCUCCCUCCCAGUUCGCCUUACUCGUCUUCAGCCCAUCUUUGCCCUGGUGUCCACAGGAGCGUCAUGGAGAACGUUCUGCUCUCCGCCCAGAGCCAUUCCUCACCUCACAUCGUGGGUCAUAGGAAAUGCAAACAGGACUGACCGCAUCAGACUUGAAUGCUUUAAGUUGACUUGAAGUUUGAGAUGAUUCGCUUUGUACAGAAUACUAAUCCAGAAUUUUUUUUUUUUUUUUUUGUAAAAACAUUUUUUUGUUUCUCUUUUGACCUCAAACGUUUCCCACUUCCUCUAUUCAGGGUUUUGUUGGGUUUUUUUUCCUUUGAAUUGUUGGCUUAGCAGGUGAUAUGAAGGGAUUCGAGUGCACUGUCAGAUUUUAGAUUUUAAUUUGUGUUUUAAUACAUUCCAGAGAGAAAAGCAGACGUGUCCGUGCGCUCCAGUACACUUUGACAUGCUAACAUCAGAACAUCCCAAAUGGGUCAUAUCAAAAAAAAAAAAAAAAAAAAAAUACAAAGCCAUAUAGGGCGUCCCUGCUGUGAGCCCAGGAAUACGCUUUUAAUUUGGCGGCUUAAUUUGUAAAUACCCCACUUUUAUUCUGUAGCCUGCCUAACAUAAGUUGCUACCCAGUUUAUGGAAGGUAUUUUUCUGUCAUCUAAAAUUAGAACUAUCAGAAAAAAUAAGGGCAAUUCCACAGAUUAUGAAAAAAUCUGCAUAAUUUAAUCAUCGAGGUGUAAGCAAAGUCAUUCAGAGUGGUUUGAUGUGAACCAAAUGAUCAUAUACCUCUUCUGAUUCUUCCAAUACAUUGUAGUCCUUCUCAUAACGAUAUUUCAACAAUGUGUCAACAUAUUCAUAACAACUUCAUGCAGUCAUUUUCUGUGAGGGAGCUUUUCGAGGCUGUCAGCUCUUCAGACGUCUGGUUCCCAUCACCACCACUGUGAACAGCUGUGACUGCAUGUUUCUCUAGAACGGAGCAUUUCACAUCAAAGCGCUCUGAAUAACUCCGUUUACAUCUUAACGAUUUAUUAGCUCUACAGUAGAAUCAGGCGACCCUCCUGUUUGCAUCAUGCACAAAUGUAAAUAAAGUCAUCAUUUCUAAAUGUACGGAAGCUAACCAGUAGCAUCUGCACAGAUAUGCACAGCAGGUUGAUCUGAACGUCUGUUAAUUCUUGGUUUGAGGAUGUUUUGAGCUUUUUAAUCAUUUGGUGGGUCUGCGCACGUGGCGGCGCAUCGGGAUUUGCAUUUCCACCGUCUUCAGGUUUUGGCCAGUCUUGAUUGAAGGAGGUGGCUUCAGCGGGAAGGAGCUUCGAAAUAAAGAGAAUGAGAAAUCUGUUUUCACCCACAAGGCUGACUGUAAAUGACAACCGCGUAUAAAUACUGUAUAUUUCAUGUAAGAGGUAGAGGGAUAUUCUGUAAGUGGCCCAAAUACAGGUUCAUAUUAUUGGACGAUA